AUGACCCGCAACGUCACGGCCGCGGUGAGCGCCGCCGCGGAGCCCCCGGCGCGGGAGCCUUCGGAGCUGAACCGGUACGGGACACUGGCCGACUUUGGGAGGCAAGUUCGCUCCGUUAAGGCUGUGGUCAUCGCCAUACUCAACUUCUUUGUCACCGUGGCGGCCUCGUUCGCGUGCACGUACCUGGGCAGCCAGUACAUCUUUGCGGAGACGGCUGGGCGCGUCCUGUCCGCAGUCAUCGUGGCCUCUGUGGUCGGCUUGGCCGAGCUCUACGUGAUGGUGCGGACCCUCGAAGGAGACCUGGGGAAGCUGUGA